GCUGCGACAACCAGUUUAGCCAGUUUCUCCUAACAAACACACCAAAAAACACAAAAAAACAAGAAAAAAACAAGAAGAAACCGGUGUCUUUUCUUCACUACGAAGCUUAACCUGCGACCAAACCCAGCUGCAUCCACUGUACCCAGCGUUUAUUACCCGUAGUCAACGAUGAAUCCCGAAUAUGAUUAUUUAUUCAAGCUGCUCCUGAUCGGUGACUCUGGUGUCGGAAAGUCUUGUCUCCUCCUCCGGUUUGCAGAUGACACGUACACAGAGAGCUAUAUCAGUACCAUCGGAGUGGACUUCAAGAUCAGGACCAUCGAGCUGGACGGAAAGACCAUAAAACUUCAGAUUUGGGACACAGCCGGUCAGGAACGGUUCCGCACCAUCACGUCCAGUUACUACAGAGGAGCUCACGGCAUCAUAGUGGUUUACGAUGUGACAGAUCAGGAGUCCUUCAACAACGUCAAACAGUGGCUACAGGAGAUCGACCGCUACGCCAGCGAGAACGUCAACAAGCUGUUAGUAGGAAACAAGUGUGACCUCACGACGAAGAAGGUCGUCGACUACACCACAGCGAAGGAGUUCGCAGAUAACUUGGGCAUCCCGUUCCUGGAGACGAGCGCUAAGAGCGCCACCAACGUGGAGCAAGCCUUCAUGACCAUGGCGGCCGAGAUCAAGAAGCGGAUGGGACCCGGCGCCACGGCCAACUCCUCGGAGAAGUCCAACGUCAAGAUCCAGAGCAAGCCAGUCAACACCUCGACCGGAGGCUGCUGCUGAGAGGACCCCCCCCCCCCCCAAUCUGACCCCCAUCUGACCCCCCCGAAAAACAACAACAACAACAACAACGACCUGAAUAUUCACCCUGAGCCCCACGACCGAGUCUCAAUGUUACCAUGCUCCACAGGGAGAGAAGAGAGAGAGAGAAAGAAAGAGAGAAAGAGAGAAAGAGAGAGAGAGGAGGGAGACUUUGACUGGACUGGUUUUUUUUUUUUUUUUAAAGAUUCCCAUUAAAACCAGUUUAAAGUUCAUCAAGAGUCAGCAAUAGGACGGUAAGCCCAAACCCCCCAAACCCACAGAACACAUCGGGCUUUCUCUUCUUCUUCUUCUUCUUCUUCUUUUUUUAUUAUUAUUAUUAUUAUUAUUAUUAUUAUUUUGGGGUUUUUCUUCUUCUUGCAUUUACGGGGAAAAACAACGACAACAACAACAACACACUCAUACUGGAAGAAAAAAAACAUGUACAUUUUUAAUAAAGUGUGAAAUUAACCAAUGAAAAAAAAAGAAGAAAGAAAGAAAGACAUUGUAUACAGCUUUUUUCUUCUUCUUCUUCUUUUUUUAAAAUUGUUUUUGUUGGUUUAUUCGCCCCUCUUUUUGUUAAAUGAGUCACUUUUCUAAAACACACACACACACACACACAUAUAUAUAUAUAUAUAUAAAUAUAAAAGUAGUGUUUUAUUCAGCUGUGGAAAACAACUGGCCCCUCUUCUUCUUCUUCUUCUUCUUCUUCUUCUUCUCUUCUUCUUCUUCUUCU